CUGGAGCGCCUGUGUUUAUAUAAGAGCGGGAGCGCGCACGGCGUUCAUUCACUGAGAAACCAGGAGACGCGGACAGCACACCGGCUUUUACUCCGCUUUCAGUCCAUAUAGUUGGUUGAGAUGGUUCGGGAAACCGGCUACUAUGAUCAGCUCGGUGUGAAGCCCGAUGCAUCCCUGGAUGAAAUAAAGAAGGCAUAUCGGAAACUGGCUCUGAAAUAUCACCCGGAUAAAAACCCCAAUGAAGGCGAGAAAUUCAAAGUCAUAUCACAAGCCUACGAGGUCCUGUCAGAUGCCAAAAAGCGUGAGCUGUACGACCAGGGCGGCGAACAAGCCAUCAAGGAGGGAGGAAUGGCGGGAGGAGAGUCGCCCAUGGACAUCUUCAACAUGUUCUUCGGUGGCGGAGGACGAAUGCAGAGAGAACGGAAAGGAAAGAAUUUGGUUCAUCAGCUCGGGGUGACGCUGGAGGAGCUCUACAACGGCUCCACCAGGAAACUUGCUCUCCAGAAGAACGUGAUCUGUCAGAAAUGUGACGGUUACGGCGGAAAGAAAGGCACGGUGGAGAAAUGUUCGAGCUGUAAAGGCAGCGGCGUUCAGGUGCGGGUUCAACAAAUCGGGCCCGGGAUGAUCCAGCAGACUCAGAGCAUGUGCUCCGACUGCAGCGGACAGGGAGAGAGAUUCAGCGCUAAAGACCGAUGCAAAACCUGCAACGGACGCAAAGUCGAGCGCAAGAAGAAGAUCCUGGAGGUGCACAUCGACAAAGGUAUGAAGGACGGUCAGAAAAUCACAUUUAACGGAGAAGGAGAUCAGGAGCCGGGACUGGAGCCCGGAGACGUCACGAUCAUCCUGGACCUGAAAGAGCAUCCGGUUUUCCAGAGGAAAGACCACAAUCUGCUGAUGAAGAUGAAGAUAAGGCUGGUGGAGGCUCUCUGCGGCUUCAAGAAGACCAUCAGCACGCUGGACAACAGAUCGCUGCUCAUACACUCUCCUCCAGGUCAGGUGAUUAAGCCUAACGAUCUGAAGUGUGUUCAUAAUGAGGGAAUGCCUGUGUACAGAGAGCCCUUUGAGAAAGGCCUUCUCAUCAUACGCUUUGAGAUUGAGUUUCCGGAUGAGCACUGGCUGCCGGAGCACAUGCUGCCUGAUCUGGAGCGUCUGCUGCCGGUACGAGAGCACAUCAUGCUGACCGACGACAUGGAGGAGGUGGAUCUCUGCCAAGUGGACCUUGAGAGUCAGCAGAGACGAAACCACAGCACUGAAGCCUACCGUGAAGAUGAUGAUGAAGAGCCCCGGCAGACUGGAGUCCAGUGCCAGACGCAGUGAAACACAAACACUGAGCUUCAGAAACACACUUCAGAUCAACAUCGGUUUCUCUUUUUAUCCAGGAAUAAGACUCUCCUGCAGGAAACGGACCAUACUCCUGCUGGAAAUCUUCAUGUUCUUAUUUGAAUGUUGACGUGGACCUGUCACACAUGGGUAUUAUAAGGACUGCAGGUGUUUCUAAACCUUUAUGAAUGUCACACAGAUCAUCUCUUGACAGUAGGAGUGAGGCAUACUGUGUUAGUGAGUGCUCGUAUUCUUCAAUCCGUCCUCCCUUAUUUCUGCUGAACUGACACUUAAAUAAAAAGUGUACUUCUGAAUGUAAA